CUGAUGGGCUCGAAUCGAAGAACACGUCUACGAGAUGGCUAAAUACUUGCAAAAGGACCUCGUGGUCUACACUGGAGUCCAUAACAGACUGAAGCUCAAGGAUACCGGCGACGACGGACGCCAGAAGAUGAUGUUCCUCUGUGCCAGCUCCAACAACGACGAGUCCAUCGCCAUUCCUCUGUACUUCUGGAAGCUAGUCUACGAGCCGGAGAGCAAACGAGGCGUCGUCUACGUGACGUUGAACAACCCUUACGUGGAUCCGACGACUGAAGACUACCACGUGUGCGAGAAACCGAUGUUCAGUAAGGAUGGAGCACUGAUGCCGAAGCAGUGGAAACCGAGAAACGUGGCCCAAGGAUAUAGCUACAUGUGCGAGGUGCCGGAUUUUAUCAGGAACAAUGAGAUUCUGCUCCACGACUUCUCGGCGGCUAUGGUGACGGAUCUGCUGUACGUGACGAGAAAACCCGGCGAUGAGUCGGUCGACGGGAAGAAGAAGGCUUGAAUCGUUAAUUAAAAGCGUCGAUGUAGUUUGACGUAGUGUGACGAAAGAAAUGAAUUUUGAUUCUAGCCUUUGAAAAUUAAUGAAUUCCAUUUCUAAUCUUAUGGUAAGUUGAGAAUCUUCUACUGUGUUAUUCAGCGCUAAUCGUUCGUUCGAUCUGAAAUGUAUUAUCGCACAAAUGUACACUGAAGAGAUCGACGAGUGCGAUACGAAUGAUAAUUCCAGAAGCGUUAGAUAUAAAGUUAGAUAGGCCGUUACACGCGCUGGCAUUUAUUAAGCUAUGUAAUAUACAUAUUUAAAUUGCUGUUAUCUAUUUGUAUUUAGGUAUACUAUUUCACGAAUUUGUUUAACUAAAUUCUUAUCACUACGUUGCAUAAGCAAAGUACAUACAAUAUACUUUAGACGCCGAUGCAAUCUCUGUUUUUUCCGUAUGUACAGAAGUGCAAAGUAUCUUAAGAUAAGGGUGUGUAGUAGCAUGUAUCGACAUUGUUUCAAUUUAAAUGUAUGUGAUAGACAACUCUUAUUAUACCAAAGAAAAUUGAUUUUGCUUUAAGCGUGUAUGAUCUAAUAAAGAUUUAUUUGAAGAAUGCCCAUAAACGAUUGGAUGCCCUGUAUCCAAUCGUUAAC